GGCGCCGACGCCGCAGGCGAGGCAGAUGAGCCUGAGGUGACGGAGCAGCGGAAGGGGCUGAAGAAGUUCUGCGCCAUGCAGUGCGGGGCGAUCUGGAACGAGAGCCCUGACCCGUGCGACCCACAGCGCAAGGUCAUCAGGUGGGAGUACGACACCGAGGACGCGUCGGCCCCCUCGUCCUCGCAGGGCUCGUGUUGCUGGCUAUGCGGCAAGACUUGGCGCACCAAAGUGAGGCACUUGCAGGAGGGGCCUGACCAGGAGAGGGAGCACUAUGCCAAGCAACUUGGCAAGGACAACACGAAAAGGGAGGCCUUCCAGCAGAAGCGCAGCGAGACCAAGGAGUCCGUGAUAAAGAGGAUGCUGAAGACAAAGAGGAGUCCAGGCUCGGCAGCCGCUCUCGCCUUCCCCGCUCUCCCCCACUUCAAGUCCGCGGCUGUCGCCGACCUCGGACCCCCCGCGGCCCCGGCUUGCCCUUGGGGCAGGGCUCCACAGUGCGGGCUGGGGAAGGCUGCAGCCGCGGCCUUGUCGCGUUGCUUGCGGCCCUCAGGCCGCAAGACGAAGCAGAGGUUCCACGUGAGGAAGAAGAGGUAUCAGAAUCGUUUCCUGGAGAAACCUGAUGAUUUAUUUUACCCGAUGGCGCAGUAUCGCAAACUUUUCGGUGACCCGAAGUUGCCCAAGAAUAAAGCUCUCAACCACGUCGUGUGCGUCAUGGAAGGCAUCCGCGGCGCGGCCGUCCCGGGAUCGAAAGGCGACGAGCCAAUGAAGAUCAAGACUCAGCUCGGUUCCACCUUGGAGCACGAGGAGUCCGAGGAUUUGGGCAGCGAGUCUGGGGAGUCCGCGGCAGCCGAGAAGUUCGCCGACUUGACGAAGGCAAGCACGGAAGCGUACAACAGCGCAUGCAGGGGCGCCGUGUUCAGC